AUGAGCACCCUUCGUGCUUCUUUACUUGCAUGUCUUAUCUGUUACGUUUGUGGAUGCGUUGCAAAUCUUGCUCUUCUCUUUUGGCGUUUUUACAAUCGCAAUGAAACAUCCAAUGAUUCUGUCUACAGAAUCAAACUAUUAGAAAUAUGGUUGGAUUUGUUCUUUAUCGGAUGGUCUGUUUUCGCGGGCGUGUUGAUAUAUGGAGUACGUUCUCCUGGUUCUGGUGCUCCUAACUUGUACAGGUUAUUAUCAGUGUUUACAGUCUGUCUCACUUUUCAGUAUAGCAUGUCACUUUGUCUCCCAUGUAUCAUUCCAGUUCUGUCAAAAAAAGCUACUAGUACUACUGAGCCGAUUAUCCCUGUGACCACCUUCAAAAUUAAUAUCAAGAAACUAGAGCAUGGAAAUGAUAAAGAACCCCACGAAAGUACAACAGAAGGUGGGGUCGUGUCUACAGUAACAGAAAAUGAACGUGUCAUCCUACCAUGA